AUGGUCAACUCCUGUUGUGGCUCCAGCUGCUGCCAGCCUUGUUGCUGCCCCACCUGCUGCAGGACCACCUGCUGCCGGCCCACCUGCUGUGUGUCCAGCUGCUGCCACCCCUGCUGCGGGGGAUCCAGCUGCUGUGGCUCCAGCUGCUGCCAGCCUUGCUGCCGCCCCACCUGCUGCCAGACCACCUGCUGCCGCCCCAGCUGCUGUGGUUCCAGCUGCUGUGGUUCCAGCUGCUGCAGGCCCAGCUGCUGCAUCUCUAGCUGCUGCCGGCCUUGCUGUGGGGGUUCCAGCUGCUGUGGCUCCAGCUGCUGCCAGCCUUGCUGCCACUCCACCUGCUGCAGGACCACCUGCUGCAGGACCACCUGCUGCCGCCCCACCUGCUGUGUGUCCAGCUGCUGCCGCCCCUGCUGUGGGGGUUCCAGCUGCUGUGGCUCUAAUUGCUGUGGCUCCAGCUGCUGCCAGCCCUGCUGCCGCCCCACCUGCUGCCAGACCACCUGCUGCAGGACCACCUGCUGCCGCCCCACCUGCUGUGUGUCCAGCUGCUGCCGCCCCUGCUGUGGGGGUGCCAGUGGCUGUGGCUCGAAUUGCUGUGGCUCCAGCUGCUGCCAGCCUUGCUGCCGCCCCACCUGCUGCCAGACCACCUGCUGCCGGACCACCUGCUGCCGCCCCACCUGCUGUGUGUCCAGCUGCUGCCGCCCCACCUGCUGCCGCCCCAGCUGCUGUGUGUCCAGCUGCUGCCGCCCCUCCUGCUGUGGCUCCAGCUGCUGUGGCUCUAAUUGCUGUGGCUCCAGCUGCUGCAGGCCCAGCUGCUGCAUCUCUAGCUGCUGCCGCCCCUCCUGCUGCCAGACCACCUGCUGCAGGACCACCUGCUGCCGGCCCACCUGCUGUGUGUCCAGCUGCUGCCGCCCCUCCUGCUGUGGCUCCAGCUGCUGUGGCUCCAGCUGCUGCAGGCCCAGCUGCUGCAUCUCUAGCUGCUGCCGCCCCAGCUGCUGUGGUUCCAGCUGCUGUGGCUCCAGCUGCUGCCGCCCCUCCUGCUGCAUUUCUAGCUGCUGCCGCCCCUCUUGCUGUGGUUCCAACUGCUGUGGCUCCAGCUGCUGUGGCUCCAGCUGCUGCCGCCCCUCCUGCUGCCCCUCCUGCUGCCUGCGCCCAGUCUGUGGCCGGGUCUCCUGCCACACCACUUGCUAUCGCCCCACCUGUGUCAUCUCCACCUGCCCCCGCCCCAUGUGCUGUGCCUCCUCUUGCUGCUGA